UAUUCGUUACGUAGCCAUUUAAUAACUCAUUCACAAGAGAAAAAUUACGAAUGUAAAAUAUGUAAUAAACGUUUUUCACGAACAAAUGGUUUACGACGACAUAUUUUAACACAUUCUGGUGAAAAGAAUUAUGUUUGUGAUAUUUGUAAUAAAAGAUUCUUAGAUCAACAUGAUUUAAAAUGUCAUAAAAAAUUUCAUACAGGUGAACGAAAUUUUUCGUGUACACUAUGUAACAAAGCUUUCACGCAAAGUACACAUCUUAGAACACACUUACGAAUACACACCGGUGAAAAACCAUUUGUUUGUGCCCAAUGUGGGAAACAAUUUCGACAAAAACAAUCGUUAAAUAUACAUGUUAUGAAAGUUCAUAAAACUGAUUCAAGUUGA